AUGGGACAGACUGUAGUGACUCCCUUAAGCCUGACUUUAGACCACUGGACAGAGGUGAAGGACAGAGGCAAUGAGUUAUCGGUUAACAUCAGGAAGGGACGUUGGCAGACUUUCUGUGCCUCAGAGUGGCCAAAACUUGAUGUGGGAUGGCCACCUGAGGGGACUUUUGACGAGACUACUAUUUCUGCAGUAAAAGCUACUAUUUUUCAGGAAGGACCAGGGUCACAUCCCGAUCAACAGCCAUACAUCGUGGUUUGGCAGAACCUGAUCCAGAAUCCCCCUCCGUGGGUGAGACCAUGGGUUAAGAGACAGCCAGGCUCCCGAGCCCUGGCUCUCUGCAGUUCCGGGCCUAAAACGCCCAAACCCAAACCAAAACCGGACUCGGAAACUAAAACUCCACCUAAGAUCUAUCCCGAGAUAGAGGAGCCACCUGAGUGGCCGAGUCCGCCACUGCCCCCCCCUUAUCACCAACCACCACAGGCUCCCCCGGCCUCGGCACCGAGUCCAGAACCACAGGGAGCAGCCGGGGCCGGGGGGCCGGCAACUGGCACUCGGAGCCGGAGAGGGUUGAGUCCGGAAGGACCCGACUCCACUGUUUCUCUACCUCUCCGAGCUAUAGGUCCGGCACCUACCGAGCCGAAUGCAGUCCAGUUCCUACAAUACUGGCCCUUCUCUUCAUCUGAUCUGUUUAACUGGAAAGCUAAUUAUCCCCCUUUUUCAGAGAAUCCUACAUCCCUGAUUGGACUGGUGGAGUCUAUAAUGUACUCACACCAGCCCACCUGGGAUGAUUGCAAUCAGCUCCUCCAGACUCUCUUCACAGCUGAAGAGAAAGAGAGAGUUCUUCUGGAGGCCUGGAGAAACAUCCAGAACGCUGCGGGACAACUUUUGCAGAAUCUAACUCCAGCAGAGAUUGAUGAGGCUGUUCCCCUCACUCGGCCCCAAUGGGACCACAACACAGCUGCAGGUAGGGAAAGGCUGUCCAUCUACCGCCGGGCUCUGGUGUCAGGUCUCAGAGGGGCGGCGAGACGCCCCACCAAUUUGGCUAAGGUAAGAGAGGUUAUGCAGGAGCCAGAAGAAGCCCCCUCUGUUUUCUUGGAGCGCCUCAUGGAGGCAUAUCGCAGAUAUACUCCUUUUGACCCCACCUCGGAGGGACAGAGGAUGUCUGUAAUUAUGGCUUUUAUUGGGCAGGCUGCUGCAGAUAUUAGAAAGAAGUUACAGCGUCUAGAGGGAUUACAAGACCUCACAAUCAGAGAUGUGGUUAAGGAAGCAGAGAAGAUCUAUCAUAAGAGGGAAACUCAGGAAGAAAAAGCAGAAAGAGAGAAAAGAGAAAGGAGUAAGGAGAAAGAUGAGAGACAGAGAAGGCAGGAAAAGAAUUUGACUAAGAUUUUGGCCGCAGUUAUAGAUGAGGGAAGAAGACAGGGAAGAGGAGUUAGGCAGACAGGGAACUUGGGCGAGUAUCGGAGGCAGGAGCCAAGGAGACCCAGAAGAGCCAGCCAAGCACUGGACAGAGACCAAUGUGCCUAUUGCAAGGAGAGAGGACAUUGGGCCAGAGAGUGUCCCGCCAAGAAGGGACUUAAGGCUCUGACCCUAGGUAGCAAUGAAGACUAGGGGGGUCAGGGCUUGGCCCCCCUCCCCGAGCCUAGGGUAACCCUGAAAGUGGAGGGGACCCCCAUGGACUUUCUUGUCGACACGGGAGCAGAAUUCUCAGUGCUCAAGAAACCCCUGGGGAAGUUGAGAAGUAAGCAAACCAUAGUUAUUGGAGCCACUGGACAGAACUCAUAUUCGUGGACCACCACGAGAACAGUAGACCUGGGAAAAGGACAGGUGUCUCACUCCUUCCUAGUGAUACCUGAGUGUCCUACCCCUUUGUUGGGUAGGGACCUUUUAACUAAGUUAAAGGCACAAAUAAGUUUCACCCCCCAGGGGCCAAAGGUGACAUGGGACACUAUCAAAUCCCCAGUGUUAACACUCUCCCUGAAAACAGAAGAUGAAUAUAGACUGUUUCAGUCUGACACUCAGGGACAUCCUUCAUCAGAAUUGGAAAUGGGACCCUGGUCCCUGUUUACUGAGGCCUGGGCAGAGACUGGGGGAAUGGGGAUGGCCAAGAAUGUACCCCCGAUAGUCAUUGAGCUCAAAGCUGGUGCUUCUCCAAUUGGGGUCAGGCAAUACCCCAUGAGCAAGGAAGCCAGAAUGGGGAUACGUCCCCACAUUGAAAGACUAUUACAACAGGGGAUUUUAGUUCCCUGCAAAUCUCCCUGGAAUACACCUCUGUUGCCAGUAAAGAAACCAGGCACUGGAGAUUACCGGCCGGUUCAAGAUCUCCGAGAAGUUAACAAACGGGUACUAGAUAUCCACCCUACGGUACCCAACCCCUACAAUUUGCUCAGCUCUCUGCCCCCGGACAGAACUUGGUAUUCAGUUCUGGACCUUAAAGAUGCUUUCUUUUGUUUGAGACUUCAUUCCCAGAGUCAGCCCCUGUUUGCCUUUGAGUGGAGAGACCCAGAGAACGGUAAAGCAGGACAGCUGACCUGGACGAGACUUCCCCAGGGAUUCAAGAACUCUCCCACUUUAUUUGAUGAGGCACUACACCGGGACUUGGCCCCUUUCAGGGCUAAUAAUCCUCAAGUGACUCUGUUACAAUACGUAGAUGACCUUUUAUUGGCUGCUAAGGACCCCCAAGAUUGUGAGAAAGGAACAGAACGUCUCCUGGCUGAGUUGGGUAAGUUGGGGUAUCGGGCAUCUAUGAAGAAGGCCCAGCUAUGUAAGACUGAAGUGACUUAUUUGGGUUACACCUUGAGAGAUGGACAACGCUGGCUGACUGAGGCCAGAAAGCAGACAGUUAUGCAGAUCCCAACCCCAACUACCCCUCGUCAGGUAAGAGAGUUUCUUGGGACCGCCGGGUUCUGUAGGCUGUGGAUCCCAGGGUUCGCCACCUUGGCGGCACCUUUAUACCCCCUGACUAAGGAGCAAGGGGAGUUUACCUGGACAAUCGAACAUCAGAAAGCCUUUGAGGCUUUGAAAAAGGCUUUAUUAGAAGCCCCUGCUUUGGCUUUACCAGAUCUAACUAAGCCUUUCACUCUCUAUGUUGAUGAGAGGAAGGGGGUGGCUAGAGGAGUUUUGACUCAAACCUUGGGUCCAUGGAAACGUCCAGUGGCGUAUCUCUCAAAGAAGCUAGACCCGGUAGCAAGUGGAUGGCCUGUCUGUCUGCGGGCCAUAGCAGCUACAGCUCUACUAGUGAAAGAUGCUGAUAAACUGACUUUGGGACAGAAAUUAUCAAUAGUGGCCCCUCAUGCUCUGGAAAGCAUUGUCAGACAGCCUCCCGAUCGCUGGAUGACUAAUGCCAGAAUGACUCACUACCAGAGCCUCCUUCUCACCGAACGUAUAACCUUUGCCCCGCCGGCUGUUCUGAACCCUGCCACCCUGCUGCCCGAGGCUGACAGCUCUGUGAUUCACCAGUGUGAAGAAAUACUGGCUGAAGAAACGUCCAACAGACCAGACCUGACUGACAAGCCCUGGCCAGGGGUGAAGACCUGGUUUACUGAUGGGAGCAGCUUCGUGAUUGAGGUAUUUAUAGAUACUUUUUCCGGAUGGGUCGAGGCAUUCCCAACCAAGAAGGAGACGGCUACUGUGGUGGCUAAGAAGAUAUUGGAAGAAAUCCUACCCAGGUUUGGGGUACCAAGGGUGAUUGGCUCAGACAAUGGGCCUGCUUUCAUCGCGCAAGUAAGUCAGGGACUGGCCAAACUAUUGGGGUUCGAUUGGAAAUUACAUUGUUCAUAUAGACCCCAGAGUUCAGGACAGGUAGAGAGGAUGAAUAGAACCCUAAAGGAGACCUUAACUAAAUUGACUAUAGAGACCGGCGGGGGUGAUUGGACAGCCUUGCUCCCACUUGCCCUGUUCCGAGUCAGGAACACGCCCGGAGUCCUGGGACUUACUCCCUUUGAGAUUUUAUACGGUUCUCCACCUCCCAUUUAUCAGACCCUUGAGAGUACAACUCGCCCUGAUGAUGGUUAUAUUCCCCCUUUUCCUAUUCUAGCCCGACUGAAAGCCUUAGAGACUGUGAAAAAGGAAAUCUGGGGAACCAUAAAGAACUCCUAUGCUCCUAAAGAAGAUCCAGUACCACACCAGUUCGAGGUCGGAGACACUGUCCUAGUAAGGAGACAUCGGACGGGCAACCUUGAGCCACGGUGGAAAGGCCCGUACUUGGUCCUGCUGACAACCCCCACAGCAGUGAAGGUAGACGGCAUCGCUGCGUGGAUCCACGCCUCGCACGUGAAAAGAGCACCUCCGAACUCUCAUCAAGAUGAAUGGACUUUGGAGCGGACUGGUAAUCCUCUUAAGUUGCGCCUACGCCGUAGGCCCACAGAUGAUGGGGAAUAAUCCACACACUCCCCAAAAACUGACUUGGCAGGUCACCUCAAUGACUGGAGAGGUAGUGUGGUCUGCCUCUAGGGUAGCCCCACCGUACACCUGGUGGCCCACUCUCACUCCCGAUUUCUGCCAAUUAGCAGCUGGAUUAGACACCUGGGAUAUCCCUACCUCAGAUCCUCAGAAGUUGCCCCUGGAUGCAGGGCGGAGAAUUUGCCCAGGAGGCAAAUUUGGGUGCGGAGACCCGGAACGCAGAUGUGAGCUAGGGAAAUUAGAUUUUUAUGUCUGUCCCAGGGAUGGUCGGGAUCGAACAACAGCCCACCGUUGUGGAGACAUAGGGAACUUAUAUUGUUCUGCUUGGGGCUGCGAAACAACAGGAGAUGCUUACUGGAACCCCAGCUCCUCAUGGGACUGGAUUGU